UUAUUCUCUAGUUGAGUUUUAUAGCUGAAAUGAUAGCAUUGUUUUGAAAGCUGAACCAUAAAUUUAUAAUGAAAAAAUGACACAAAGUAAUCUGAUUAUACUCUUGGCGAUUAUUCUUUACACCUUCUUUCACUUGUCGGAUCAGUCACCCCCAGCAUCAAGUUACGUUGACCUCGACCGUAACUGUUCUCGUGGUUGGUUCUCGUGUAAAGAGGGGCUACUUUGGUGUGUUCUGGAUGAGUGGGUUUGUGACGGCGACAUCGACUGUGAAGAUGGGAGUGAUGAGGAGAAUUGUGACCACAGAGAUUGUGGGCCAGAUUCUUUAUCAUGCGCUGGCAGAUGUGUCUCAUAUGGUCUGGCUUGCAAUGGGGCAAUGGAUUGCACUAAUGGAGCAGAUGAAGCCGAAAGAAUUUGUAAUACAGGGAACACUUGUCCCUAUUUUGGGUCAAGCUGUCUAACCAACACAUCGAUAUGUGUGGCUUACCAACAACUUUGUGAUGGGAAUCCAGAUUGUCCUGAUAGAAGUGAUGAGAGCACAGACUGUGAAGAGCUCCUGGAGCCAGGGUAUACAGGUUUCCGAUUAUGCGAUGCAUUAUCAUGUGAACACGCAUGUACAUUUCUACCAGAAGGGCUACCAACAUGUUACUGCCCUCCUGGGAGCAUUCUUUACAAUGAUACUAAAUGCAAACCCGCAAACAUCUGCAAUCUAACCAAGCCUUGCUCACAAACAUGUGUACAAACAUCGGGUUGGGAGUUUACUUGUUCUUGUAUGGAUAGUUUCUUCAUUAAUCCUCAUAAUUCAUCCCAUUGCUUAAUUGAAGAAGGCAGCAUCUUCCAAUCUUCUGAACCGUAUCUGAUCGCUGCGUCGGAUCAACAAAUCCAGUCAUAUAACAUGGAGGGUCAACGGCAGCGUUCAUUCAGUAGCAGUGUUGCACGAAUAUUACCCACAGUUGACUACAACACACAUACUGCAUACUGGAUCAGCCAUCCAAAAUCAGGUCCGGCAAGACUGGUCAGUGCGUCACUGGAUCAUUUGAAAGAAACAGAAACUAUUGAGUUACCCUACAGCAUUGACAAUUGCCAGAUAGCAGUAGACUGGGUUACGGGCAACAUAUAUUUUCUAAACACGAAAGACGAACACAUAUUCGUGUGCAGUGUUACGCAACCAAUAUCAUGUAUAUCACUCUUACAACAAAAUAAACCGGCAACACUGUUAGAAAUGACGCUGGAUGCAUAUGCAGGAUACAUAUUCUACUUUGAGCAUGGUACUUACUCGAAAAUAAACAGACUUGACAUGGACGGUACAAAUUACCAAAACAUUGUCAAGAUAAGCCUAAGUUAUGCACAAGGGUUAACUGUAGAUCCUUAUGGAGAACGACUUUAUUUUUUCGAGUUACAUAGCGGUUGUAUACAGAGUGUUGACUAUCGUGGAAAAUUUCGAACAAAACAUUUUUGUUAUAAGAAGAAACCAAAUAUGUUCGAAGCAGCAUUUUUUAAUGAUUCCUUAUACAUAAGUGAAAACAAGAAGCAGUUAUCACGACUUCAAUUAUGGGAAGCUAACCCUACCUUACGAGUAUUAGCCAAUACUUCUUCUGUUGAAACAUUACGUGUUGUUCACCCACUAGUACAGAGAACAGUUUCCCAUGUUAAAUGUCAUCAUAUGAAUUGUCAACAUAUCUGUCUCAUUGGCUCCACCAAGCGGGUGGGCACGUGUUUCUGUCGAGCUGGGUUUAUUCUUAACAAUGACAGUAGAACUUGUAUACGUCCUCCUAGUGCAGAUGUCUACCUCCUCGUUAGCAAAGGACAUCCAGGAGAAAUCAAAGGCAUCCCAUUAUUCCAUGAGCCGCAAGAAAAUUAUUCACCUGUCGUGCCAAUCGAGAAUUUAAAGGGACCAAGGGGUUUAGACUACUACAGAGACACAAAUGGUGAUGACUGGAUUAUAUAUUCACAUAUUGGAGAAUAUGAGAUUAAAGCACAUCGGAUUAGCUAGAUGGCAUUAUUCACAGGUAAUUUUUAAUCAAUCAGUUUAUAACUGUGAGGGGCUCGCUAUUGACUGGAGUAACGGCAACAUGUUAUGGA